AUGUCAGCCCAGACGCAGGAGUUCGACUACAUUAUAGUCGGCGGGGGCACAGCGGGCGUUCCAAUCGCCUCGCGCCUCUCUUCAUACCUACCGGACAAAAGUGUGCUCCUUCUGGAAGCAGGUCCCAGUGCCAUCACACAUCCCAAAGUCAUGGAUCCCUCGAAAAUCUUCGACCUGAUCGGCGAGGGCCUGCUCGUUGACUACUCCACGACUCCACAGAAGCAUUGCAAUGACCGGCAAAUACUCAAUCUGGCAGGGCGCAUGCUGUCGGGAUCGUCCGGGGGAAAUGUAGGCGUCUGGAUGCGUGCGAGUAGCGCGGAUCAUGAUUUGAUUGCGGAGCGGGCGGGUCAUGACCGGUUCAGGUUUAAAAACAUGGUCAAAUACUUCAAGAAGGCAGAAAGAUGGUAUGACGAAGAUGCGGAUGUGGAUUUUCAUGGGUUUGACGGGCCGUUGCAUACAGUGGGUGGGAGGAAGUAUCCUUUGCGACCGUACAUUCGAAAGGCCGCGGAAAACAUUGGAUUCAAAUACAAUCCGAAUGCUGCUGCAAAAGGGGACCCGACGGGGUUGGUCGAUCUGGUGCAGUGUUUUCGCAAGACGUCGGAAUCUAGCUCGGAAAGGCAGCAUAGCGCGCGGGUGUAUGAUCUUUCGAACGUGGAUGUGCGAUGCGAGUCUCCUGUCGCGAAGAUCUUGAUUGACGACGAAGAAAAGCGCGCAAUUGGUGUGGAACUGUUCUCUGGAGAGCGAUUGUUCGCUCACAAAGAGAUUAUCGUGGCAUGUGGUGCACAGAGAACGCCGCAGCUUCUCAUGCUCUCUGGGAUUGGACCGCAGGAUGAGCUCGAAAAGCAUGAUAUCAAAGUCCAGAUCGAUGCUCCAUUGGUGGGAAAGAAUCUAUUCGACCACGCGUGCGUGACGCAAUACUACAAGCUGAAAGACCCUUCAAAAGGCUUCGCGCUUCCUUUCGAAGGCACUAUGCGUCCUGAAUACGGCCAGGGCUUUCCCUGGGAAUUCAAUCUCUUCUCGCACAUAUCGCCUUCUGCGCUCGCGCCGGUACUUGCUGCGGACAAGGAGCGGGUUACAUCUAGCGGGGAUGAAGGGCAGCAUCCUCAUCUGAGAGACAAGAGAUGCCAUUUUAUGCUCCUUCCGUUCUAUUUUCCUAUCCUUGCAGACCUGAAUGGAUACAACUCCGAGAUUGUGGUCGGAGACGGCAAACACAUCGCCGUCACGGCACUUAAUUUGCUUCCGCUUUCGAGAGGCACCGUAACGCUUCGUUCGUCAAACCCUGCUGACAAGCCUGUGUGCGAUCCUGAAUUCAUGUCUACGGAAUCAGAUCGCUUCAUAAUCCGCACCGCGAUCCGCAUGACGCUCACGCUUGUGUCUACACCGCCGUUCGCCGACGUAUUGGAUGGGGAGACACCGCCUGCUGAUUCGAGAUAUCCGGUCCUGACCACAGAGAGCUCAGAUCAGGAAAUUGAUGAGAGAGUCAAAGGGCAUAUGCAGACAAUUGCUCAUCCCAUGGGGACAUGCGCUUUAGGUGAUGUGCUAGACAGUGAGUUCCGGGUGCAAGGAGUGAAAGGUGGCAAUCUGAGGGUGUGCGAUGCAAGCGUGUUUCCAGAGCCGCUAGCUGGAAUGCCGUCGUGUACUAUCUACGCACUUGCGGAGAUGUGCGCUGAUUUGAUCGCUGGACGCUCGUGA